GCGACGCGCGCUGAUGUUUGUUUUUGUUCGGCAGACGCGCCGGGCAAUCUGUAAGAUAGAGCCUUUAUACCUGUCAAAUACUUCGUAAUCAUGUGACAACGCAGGAAAAAAAUGAUCAAGUUCAGUGCCCUAAACUCACUCGACACAUCGUCAACGCCUAACGACGAUGCUUCCCCGGUGAUCACUCGAGAAGCCCAAGAGGAAGCUGCUUCGGAACUGUACCGCAAAGCAUUAGCGUCUCUGCAAGCCGGUCAACACGAAGAGGCUCGAGAGACCUUCCGUGAACUUCUUGCCCAGCCGUUCGUCGCCUCCUGCAAACCGGAAGACGCCGAGAAGUCACACAUUCCCAUAUCCUCGGGACUGCUACUAAAGUAUCUGGCUCUCAAAAACCUCGGUGGCAUCGAAGUGACGCUUGGAAAUGUUCGUGCUGGCGUGGAAGCCUACUUGGACGCUGUGGAAAUCGACUCCACCGACGUUACGGUUUGGCACAAAAUAGGAACAUUAGCAUUGACUUUGUACCUGUACCCGUUAGCGCGGGUAGCUUUUCAAGAAGGCUUGAAGUGUAGUCCGAGGCACUGGCCGUGUUUGAGCAACCUCAUGACAGUGCUGUACGUGCUCAACGACUACGCAGGGUGCCUGCAGCUCAUAGCGAAAGUGCUGCAGCUCGAACCGAAAUACAUAAAAGCUUUGGUGUUACGGGACGCAAUUUUCAGAGAACAACCUUCGUUUAGGACUUACUGUGGUUCACUGUUUGGUGACUGUGAUAUAUCGACGAACUCCCAAUUGUACAGCAAAGAAGACGAAGAAAAUGUCAUGCAAGAAGCGGUUUCGCUCAGGGACAAACGACGGGAACAGUACGCCCUGAAGCCUCUGCCGGUCGUACCGUUCACGAGCAAACUUUCAGAGAUUACGUGGAAAUCUUUAGGUGAAGCUAUUAUUAAGCAGUACAAGUAUAUGUCUACAGCGUCACCGGAGACCGACAUCUCGCUCGCCUGUCGAGUGGACUUGACGGACGCGUUGGACGACCCCGUCAAAGAAGAUGACACCGACAUGAAAGAGGCGGACAGCUCGCAGUUGACGAGCGGUAACUCGAGCGGUGACUUGGUGAUCAACACCGACACGCCGAGCGACCCCACGUCGCAAGGCGAAUCGGAUGCCGUCCCGAGUCAGAGUGCCGCGAGCGACCCUCCUCCUCCGGCGAACCUGAAUCCGGCGCCCUCGUUGGCGGACCAGUUGACCAUCAUCACUCAGGAGUUUCUGAUCCCUGAAGAAGUCACAGGGACUCAGGUGGCAUCGGGCGGCAGGGGACGAGGCGGAAAACGCAGGAAGCUGUCGCUAGAGUACCUGGAUCCGUCCCUGAAGAGGCGGUCGGCUCGCGUCCGCAAUACUCUCAGGAAGACGCAGGAAAGCGUGAACUUCCAGGAACUUCUGAUGCCGUUCCUGCCGUCCAGCCUCCAGAACGACGGGAAGGAAGACGACAGGGAAGACAGCAACCCGACGUUGACCGACCUGAACAGCGAUCACACGUACGGAAUGACGCCGAAUAAUAGCCGUCAGGGCGAAGCGGAGCGUGCGGCGAGGAAGGGCCUCAACACGACGGAACCCGGUGAUGUGAGGAAAUUCAUCGAGCAACACGGGAAACGUUGCGCGUUGUUUGAUGUCAUGUACGACUACUUGUACAAACUCUCAGUCUUGGAUGACUUGUUAUGGACCGAGGGCCUAAGUGACAUCUACAUCAACAUGUACAACAAUUUACGAACGCAUAUUGCGCGCCCUUCGAUUUUUGCGGAAGAAGAUGAGGCGGACGAUAUUCUUCACCACACGUUAUCGACGCUUCUGUAUUGCGAGUUCAUGCUCGAUAAAGUAGCUGAAAUGAAAGCCCAGCUCGCUGUCUCGCCUGCGCUUUCGCCGCGAAGUCCGGCAAACCACCUGAGUCCGGAGUUUCCGGUUGCUGAGUUUCAGUCGGAUUUGGAAUUUCUGCGGCAGAUGUCCGUUAGGUGGACGGUUUUCAAGGAACGGUGGCUUUCCGUUGUGCUACGAUCUGCUUGGGCUGAAGCUCGAUUUGUGACGUUCAACGGUGAGACGGAGGCUGCUGUAAAAAUCCUCGAGGACAUGCUCGGCCGAAUUGAACAGGAGAAUGGCAGCGAAGCGGUAAGGCUCGUCAUGACAAACUGCAAGAUGAACAAUGUAAUUACGAAAGAAGUGAUUCAAGAACAGCUAGAAUCGUUGCAGAGAUGUCAGUCCCUCGAGGAGGUCCACCGCUUGUACGAGCUUGGAAGACAUCAAGCGGUGGCAGACCUGCUGAUCCAAACCUUCCGUAAGCCAGCAGCGAGAGGACGGAGAGUACAAGCGAAAACCAACAUUCCGGAGCGGCACGCUCAGCUCGUGCUGCUCCAGGAAUCCCUGUGGAACCUGAAGGACUUCCGAGGAUGUUUGUACUGGGGCGAAGCCUCACUUAACGAAGCUCUUCACGAGUACCUGACUGCCACCACAGCUCUCACAAAGCAGGACUGGUCAAACACGAUCGUCAUCAUUCUCUCAGAUGUUCACAGGUGUAUCAAGCAGGAGGCAUCCUUGCUCGGUUCGCUUGACACUGUGAAGCUCACACGAAUGGCUCACAACAUAAUUAAAUUAAUCAACAUUCAAAUGGAGGUCAGCGAUACGUGUACGGACAUGCCAAUUCCGACAGUACUGCCGUGGAACAUCCUGUAUUACGUAUUGAAGCACGAGGAAGACAAGAUACGCUCCCUAGCCACGUGCAACAAACUCGACGGCGCGGAGAAGGCAGAAGAUUGCGCGAGUUUGAGCGGUACCAUGCCCUCCUCGUUGAUGCUGCUGUUCACGGCGCACGAGUACCUUGGUCGACGUUCCUGGUGCACGAGUUCUGACGGCGUGCUGCUCUUCCUGUGCGUCGACGUCAUGAUAAACGAAAUAAAAAAGCCGUCGCCUCAUCCGUUCUACGAAGACAUCGUCAUGGGACUGGAGCAGUGCUUCUACUGCCUCUACGGCCACCCCACCCGUCGCGGCAAAGUGAAGCACCUUCAGGAGCACAACGCAACGCCGGUCAACCUCACCUGGGAGAGGUCGGCGGUGGUAUUUAAUUUCUUCAAGCCCGCGGUGCUGCCAGAGUUUGACAGUUUGAAAACGAGCACAGUGUCGUCGGAGCUGGAAGUGCUGUUGAAGCGCAUCGCAGUGCAGGUGCCUCCAGAGUAUGAUCCGAGCAAGAUGGCCGACGCCGUGGUGGCGUACAUCGAAGGAGCGGCGGACAGUCUUCCCGAACCACCAGGUUCCGUGCACCACAUAGUCAAAAACCUGUACUACCUCCUCGGCGACUACUACUUCAAGAACAAGGAGUUUGUCAAGGCAAUCAGAUUCUACACGUUAGACGUCGCAAUUAAUCCGUCGAGGAAGGAUUCGUGGGCGGGGCUCGCCCUUUCUCGAAGUUCGCAACUGGAACAGAGAAUAAACUCUUGCGAGCCAAAGAACGAGGCCACGAUUCUGCGUCGUGGCACCUCGUCGCUCCGCUGUUUCAAGCGGGCGUUGGACGUCGACCCGGCAAACGCGGCUCUCUGGAUCGAGUACGGGUCCGCCACUUACAUGUUGCUGUCGCACAUUUCGCGACAGCUGAAGCGGUCCAAACAGCUCGGGUUGAGCGAGGAGACAAUCGAGUCGCACAGCAAGAAGAAAAAGGAGUACUUGUCCCUCGCGAAGACUUGCUACGAGUCCGCAAACCAGUGCGAAGCCGACGGGUUGGGGAACAACGAAAUGUGGCUCAAUCACUAUCUCCUCGGAAAGAUUACGCACAAGGCGAAAGAGCCACCUGCCAUCUAUCUGAAUCACCUGUACUUGUCCCUGCAGUACCUGCACAGGAUGAACGCGAAAUAUCCGAGGAAGAUUCUCUACCACAGCCCACCUUUCCUGUCCAUCGAAUCUCUCGAGCUCUACUACAAGAUUCAUGCGUUGUGUUUCAAAUUUCUGUUGAAGUACGAGGAGAAGACCGCUCCGAAGGAAGACUUGGAAGCGGUGAGGAUGUACCUCGAGAAAACGUCCAAGAGCCCGAUAGCGUUGUUCCAGGAGCGUUCGUCCGGCGCGAUGUCGGAUUACGAGGACUGGGAGAUGCUUCCGCUGAUGAAGAAGCGAGCGAAGAAGCGCGCGGUAACCGGCGACCACGACUACCUGGAGGGCGCGAAUUCGGGAAAGGUGUCAUCCUAUCAGUCGCGACACAGGGCCUCGACCGAGUCGAUGACAGAGCCAGAGGAAGUCACAGUCGUCAAGGAAAUACUCGACUCCUUGGUCACGGUGGUCACCGAAAAACUCAUGGCGGAAGAAAAGAGAGGCCAGCCUUCCGCGUCGCAAGGAAGUGCGGUGACAACAAUCGUGCUGGGCGACUCGCCUAUACGUAAGCGGCCCGCCCCAACGAACGAAGUGAUUUGUAUCGACCUGACUGCGUCCGACAGCAGAGCCGAGCUCCAGCGACUGAUCGACGGUAGACGCGCUUCGGUGAUCACCCACGGUGCAAAGAACGAGAACCCCGCUGCAGCUGCCAGCACGGCGGCAACCGCAGACGUCACGAAACAGGCGAGACCCGCAGACGUCUCCGAAAGCGAACUCAAGCAGGUCCUCCUCAAGAUGUGCGUGCGAGCAAUGAGAGACUGUCUCAGCCGUUUUCCGCAGCACUUCAAGAGCCUGUACUACCUCGCCCGGUACCACUGCCACUCGAAGCAUGCUCGCAACCUGCAGCUGAGCUACGAGUACCUCAUGCACUCGGGCCAGGGGAAGUCUGACAUCUCUUCGCCCGGACUGUUUGCGGAGAGGAAGAACACAAAUUUUUUCACCGGAAUCUGGCACACACCGGGUGACGAGAUCGACAGGCCGGGCAGCUUCGCGACGCACAUGAAACGGUCCGUCGUGCUGCUCAUGGAAGUCCUCAGGCUGAGACGGGACGUCGACAAGAUGGUGUACGUCACGGUUCAGCUCAGCCGCAACCCGGAUCUGGACAAGAAGUACCUCAGGGACACUGACCGGAUCUACUUGGCAAAGAAAUGCUUCAAGCAAGCAAUGGCGAUAGCCCAGAAGGAACUGAAUGACCUAAUGAACGAGGAACCUCCACCGGACGAAUCUGUUCUCAUAUCAGGCCUCUUGGACGUCUACAAAGCAUGGCAGUCCUUCCAGAAGGCUGGCGUCUUUGUCGAAGAAGCGGGGGACGUUUUGUCCGAGGCCUACAAGACGUUCAAACUCGGCGAGGUGGAUUCUUCGCCUCCAAUCUUGGAGCAAGCGUUGGCUUUCUGCUCCCGCCACAUGGCCAGGGAUGCCAUUGCGAAGAGCCAGGAAUCGAUGAUGCCCAAGGAGUGGAUGACACCGGAAGGUUUUGGCAUGUUUGGAAACUUCUGUUGAAAGGUUGACGAACUACACGGCGAAUGGUGAUUCAGAUUUACACGGAUGGUUGUUUAUAGGACUGAAAUGGAGGAAUUGUGGAGUGCAUGUUGUAACAUAUCUUCUCAAUUGUUGUUGUGAGGCAUUGUGUCCCUCCUGUUGUUUGAUCUCAUUGUAAAUACAUGGAAGUAUUUCAUAACUGGA